AUGCUUGCCUAUACGGAAAAAUUCCAAGCGAGAUUAAAUCAAUAUUUAUACCAACUCGGCAAUUCGCUUGGCAGGCAUCCAUGGCGAUAUAUAAUCACAAUUCUCCUCUUCACCAUCCUAUCAGCAAUAGGUGUUGCUCGAUUCCAUCAGUGGAACAAUCCACGCGAGACCUUCACCGACUCUGAUUCACCAAGUUACAAGGAGCGAGCCGUCAUCCGUGAAUUCCUCGGUGUUCAGGGAAACGUCCAUUUUGUCGACGUAUUGAUCGAGGCGACCGACAAUGGGAGUCUAUUGAGGACUGAAGAAUUGGAGAAUUUGGAUCGUUUCCUCAAUGAUUCAACGGCUGUUGUUCAUGAGAAGGGAGAAAAUCUAACCUAUAAUGAUAUGUGCACACCGUUUUGUGCGAAAAAUGCACCGCUGAUUGCGUUGGUGGAUAUAUUGAGGAAGGAUUUGGCGGUUAUGAGAACUUAUCCCAAAUACGAGCUCGGAGAACAACAACUAUAUAUCGGGGACAGCGUUUAUGACGUUUCCAUUAAUGAGACGACUCGGGAGAUCCAGGACAUUGGGGCGGUCGUUGUUCACUUUGUGCUCACACACCCCACAAAAGAUGCAAUGUUUCGCUGGGAGGAGGAAUUAGUAAAUUGGCUACAGCGGGGGUUGUAUCCAAAAUUGUCGAUUGGCGCCUCGUCUGAUGAAUUGAUUAGGAAGGAAGUUCAGUCCAUGGGUAUGAAAUCAUCCUACGGUCUCGUGGUGGCUUUAAUAAUUUUAAUUACAUUUAUGAUCAUCUGUUCGCUACGAUAUGAUUUGAGCGAGUCAAAAUGGUGGGAAUCACUUUGCGGGGCUGGGAUCCCUGUUUUGGUUAUGGUAGCUACCAUCGGACUCGUUUCCGCCUCUGGAUAUGCUUUUCAAUCGAUCGCCGUGGCUGUCAUGUUUUUGAUUCUGGCUAUCGGAAUUGACGAUGUAUUUUUGAUGAUUGCAGCUUGGCAUCGGACAGAUAAAAAAUUGCCAGUAGCCGAAAGAACAGCUAGAACUGUCGAGUCUUCCGGUAGUUCAAUGACUGUCACAUCCAUCACAAAUUUUAUCUCAUUCGGAAAUGGAUUAUUAUCAACAACUCCAGUUUUGCAGUGCUUCGCCAUCUACGCCACAGUAGCGUCUGUGAUCGGCUUCGUUUUUCAAUUAAUCCUUUUCCCAAGCAUUCUGGCUCUCGGCGCUUACAAGGAAACAAAAGUCAAGACAAAGGAGGAAAAAUGCUGCACCCGAUUCCCUCCGGCUCCCUAUUUGGAAAAAUUCCGUCGAUCGGUUUGUCGAGGGAUUGCAAAGUGCGCAACGAACGGCUACGUCCAAUUAGCUACGAUAUUUCUAAUGCUGGUCUACUGGGCAGCGUCUGUAUAUGGCCUAACCCUAAUGGAGACCGAAUUGGCUAUACAGCACUUGGCGCCUAAAGAAUCGCCGCUGGUCAGAAUGCGAAUAGAAUUUGAUGAGACCGUUAAGAAAAUGCAAACAAUGGUGGUCGUCGUGAAAAAUCCAGGAGAUUUGACUAAUUCCACUCGCCUGGAAAGAAUGAAUGCUAUGGUUCGUGAAUUCGAAACGGCUCCUCAUUCAUAUGGAAAUGCUUCGACACUUUACUGGAUCCGCGAAAUGAUGGCAGAUGAGGAAAAAUUCGACCUAUCAUCUGUUGCCGAUUUUGUGACUGAUACUCCUCAAUGGAUUGCACUAGUUAAGCUUGAUGUUGGCGAAUGUGAAGAAGGCAACAAGCAAUGCAUCAAGGAAUUUAUGUUCACCACCGGAUUCACCGAUUACGUUAGAUACAACGACGUGUUCAAGCUCAUCUCUCACUGGCGGCAGAUCGCAGAUAAAUAUAGCGAAUUCCAGGCUUACCCGUACACCGAGCGAAGUGAUUUUUCGGACUCGGCAAAUUCUCUGGUUGAAACGAUCUGGUGGACAAUUAUGUCUGAAGUGAUUUGCAUGGUGUUGGCUUUUAUCUUCUUUAUCCCCAAUAUGAAUAGUAUAAUCGCGGCAACGUUUGCGUUGUUCAGCGUUAAUCUUGGCGUUCUCGGAUUUUUAAAUCUCUGGGGAGUUGGGGUGGACCCAUUCAGUUUGGCAUCGUUGCUGAUGUCUGUCGGGUUUUCCGUAGAUAUCUGUGCUCAUGUCAGCUAUCAUUACUAUCAAAUGAAGGGAGAGUCCCCGCAAACCCGAAUCGAACACACGAUCUCUGACGUUGGGUGGGCGACAACCCAAGGAGCCCUCUCGACAAUCUUCGCUAUGUCACCGACAGUUUUCUUUGACUCCUACUUACUUCAUGUGUUCUUUAAGACCGUAAUCCUUGUAAAUACGUUUGGGCUUAUUCAUGGUCUCUUUGUGCUUCCGGUGCUCCUUGGCAUCUUAUCACGGUUCCAAACACCAAAGUUCUUCAAAAGAAGAAACAUCCAAGACGUCAAUGGUUUGGCUGAAACUAGUAAAUAC